AUGCGCUCCACCGCCACCCUCAUCAUCCUCGCAGCCGCCGGCUUCGCCGCAGCGCAAACACAGAACCAAUUCGAAGCCGAAUCCGGCUGCGGUACGCAGAUUGACGACAUCAUCGCCAACUGCCUCGGCACGCAAACGGCUCAACUCAACUCCUGCGAAGUCAACGACUGGGCCUGCAUGUGCGAACAACAAAACAACGUCCUAACAUGCUACAACAACUGCCCCUCGGACCCCAGAAAGGCCGCGGCCGAUUCUCAGAAGGUUUCGUGGUGUGGUGCUGCUAAGGCCGCGAACCCCAACUCAACAACCUCCUCCCGCCCCUCAAUGACCAUGACCGCGACCUCCGGCGCCGCCUCAGGGACCAUGACCGGCACCGCGACCGAAUCCCAGCAAGCAGCCACGAACUCGAUGCCGGGCUCGAGCGCAGCGACCGAUUCUGCUGCGGUUGCGAAUGGCGUGUACCCUGGUGCAUUGGCUGCUGUGUUUGGGCUUGCUGCGUUGUUGUAG